AUGGCUAAAUCUCUUCAUAUUCUAGGCUACUGCAUUGCCCUGCUCAUAGCCUCGUCUGGCCAAACCACAGCUCAAUCCAUCAUCACCUCAAAACCUCUACCACCAAGUCAAGACCCGUGGUACAUAGCCCCAGAAAACUACACGGCCGCCGUACCAGGCGACAUCUUGCGCCUCCGCGAGGCCCCAGGCGACUUGUGCUCCAUCGUCGCCAACUGCUCAGCGGCAUGGAACAUCCUCUACCGCACAACAGACAACGACCAAAGCGCCACCUGGGCAGUGACCACACUCCUCGCCCCGCCCAUCGAAUACAGCAGCACAUCCUCCAAGAAGGCCCUCAACAAGGCCCUCCUGUCCUAUCAGCUCGCCAUCGACUCCCCAGCCGUAGACCAACAGCCGAGCUACCUGCUCUACACCCCCAACGCCACCGACCAAUGGGUUGACUUCACCGCCGCCCUGGGCCGCGGCUGGUUCGUCAGCGUGCCAGACUACGAGUCCACCAAGGCCGCCUUCGGCGCCCCGUUUCUCGAGGGCCAGGCGACGCUCGACAACAUCCGCGCCGUGCUCAACCUGGCCCGCGCCCGCCCCGACAUCGGGCUGGCAGGCGGAGAGGACGUGCGCUGCGCGGUGUGGGGGUACUCGGGCGGCUCCAUCGCCAGCGAGUGGGCGGUGGAGCUGCAAGGGCUGUACGCGCCGGAGCUGCCACUGGCGGGUGCCGUGCUGGGCGGGCUCGUGCCCAACUUCACGACUGUCUUCUACGAGAUCGACGGCACCGUGUGGGCAGGCGACAUCCCCGCCGGCGUCGUCGGCGUGACGGUCGAGGACGCAGCGGCGCGGGCGUUUGUGCUGUCUAGGCUCAAGACAACCGGGCCCUACAACGCGACCACGUUCCUGUCUGUGCUCAACAACUCCGUGACCGAGAACUUUGCCGUCUUUGCGGGCCAGAACAUCUCGGACUACUUUGUCGGAGGGGUGGCGGACAUGUUCGCACCGAUCCUGCUGGACCUGUACAAUGCCGGCCAGAUGGGCCUUCACGGAAGACCCGGCGUGCCUCUGUUCCUGUACAAGGCGAUUGCGGACGAGUUCACCCCCAUCUACCAGACGGAUGAGCUGGUGGCGCAGUUUUGUGCCGAGGGGGUGGAUGUUUUGUACGAGAGGAAUACGGUGGGCGAGCAUGUGAGCGAGCUUGCCAAUGGGCAUACAAGGGCCCUGGACUAUCUAAGCAUGGUGUUCGAGGCCACAAUUGGGGAUCUGUAUAGGAACCAGUCGUGUAUCGUGCGCAAUGUCUCGGUAGUGGACAGCACUGGAGCAGUGCUCUGA